UUCGUUGAACAAUGGCUUAGGUUGGAUAUUAAGCAAGUUUUCAUUUUUACCCUGCACUGCAAUCUACAAAUAUCAAGCUUAGUUUGGUGGCUCAGUUUUGAUAUUGCAGAAUUCGAACAAAAAGUGCGAAAUGUCCGCAUCCCCGAAAUCAAAUUCAUCAAGCGGUGACGAAAAGUCCCCAGUAUCCUCUCCGACCUUGGUUCCGAAACGACGAAGAUCCACCAGCAGUUUAUUCUCAGGAGCGUUCCAGAAUAUUCUUCCACAUUCUCCAGACUGGACUUCACAGGAGAUAAAAGAAUCAACUCCUGUUGUAUCUCCUACUCCUAAAAGACGAAGAUCAGGGUUGUUCUCUGGAGCAUUUCAGAAUAUUCUUCCCCAUCUACACACCCACACCAUCUCACAAUCUGUGGAUCAAAACAAGGUUGAGGAGGUACAACCGCAGUCUCCGGUAAAGAAACGACGACGUUUAAGUCUCUUUUCCGGCGCAUUCCAGCAUAUUUUGCCCCACUCUCGGUCCAGUUCUCCACACUCCUCUUCAUCUACUCCUUCUCCUACACACAACGAACAUAAGGCCCUGUCCACCCCCUCCUCCCCCAACAGAACCCCUGUAGGGUUUCCUCCUCCUCAGCUAGGAAUACGGUUAAAUGAAACCCUGCUACCAGGAGCUCUACAAGAUCCAAAUUAUUAUUACAACAAGGUCUAAGAACGGCUUUAUCAACAGCUGUGACAGCUUGUCAAACAGAUGUUACAGCUUUUCAAACAGCUGUCUUAGUUAAAUCAACAGAUGUUAAAGCUGUAGCAACAGCUUUAAGAACACCUAGAGUAGCUUAAAUAGCAGUUGUGACACCUUAAGGUUUUCGCAAUAUACAGGGUGUCCCACGAAACAUGACAGUAUGCAGGACGACUUGAAUGUCGUCUUGAUUUUUGAUAUAA